AAGGUCUGCUCUUUUCUCUCUCAACGGCAGCCCAAAACCACACAAAGAAGUGCAGAAAAAACGAAAACCCUUCGAAGCUCAAGAAUGGCCGACGGCGAAGAAAACGACGAGUUCUACCUCCGGUACUACGUCGGUCACAAGGGAAAAUUCGGGCACGAAUUCUUGGAGUUCGAGGUCCGACCCGAUGGCAAGCUUCGUUAUGCUAACAACUCUAAUUACAAGAACGACACCAUGAUCCGCAAGGAGGUCUUUGUAACCCCCUCCGUUCUCAAGGAGUGCCGCCGCAUUGUCUCCGAAUCUGAGAUACUGAAGGAGGAUGAUAACAAUUGGCCGGAACCUGACCGCGUGGGGAGGCAGGAGUUGGAGAUUGUAAUGGGAAACGAACACAUCUCGUUUACCACCUCCAAGAUUGGCUCUCUCAUGGAUGUCCAGACCAGCAAAGAUCCUGAGGGUCUACGUAUAUUUUAUUACCUGGUUCAGGUAUGAUUACUCGCAAUUUUUUCCUC